AAGAGCCUUAAAAUCCACCAAAACAGAAAAAAAAAAAAAAAAACAGAAAAUAUUCAAUUUAAUUCAGUUAGGUAAGAGAUUAAAAGAAAGAUAAUGAAUAGUAGUUGUCUGCAGAGUUGGCCGGAGCCGGUGGUGUGUGUGCAGUCGCUGGCAGAGAGUGGAAUAAGUAAAAUUCCGGGGAGGUACGUGAAGCCGCCGUCGCAGAGGCCAGAUGGUGGGACGGUGAAGAAGAUGAGGAAUAUUCCGGUGGUGGAUAUGGAGAAGGUGGAGAGUGGUGCGGCGGUGAAGGAAAUGGCGGAAGCGUGUAGAGAAUGGGGAUUUUUUCAAAUAAUAAACCAUGGGAUAAGUGGUGAGAUGAUAGAAUGUGUGAAGGAGAGUUGGAAGGAGUUUUUUAAUCAGCCGUUGGAUUUGAAGAAUCAGUAUGCAAAUACUCCAGCGACCUAUGAAGGAUAUGGAAGCCGGUUGGGGAUUGAAAAAGGAGCCAUUUUGGAUUGGAGUGAUUACUUUUUCUUAAAUUUUUUGCCUUUGUCUCUCCGAAAUCCAACUAAAUGGCCUGCUUUUCCCUCUUCCUUCAAGAAAGUGAUCGAAGAAUAUGGGGAUGAGGUGGUGAAGGUAUGUGCGAAAUUAAUGAAAGGAUUAUCAAUGGGAUUAGGGCUUGAAGAAGAGUAUUUAUUAAAUGCAUUUGGAGGAGAAAAAGGAAUAGGUGGUUCCAUGAGAGCAAAUAUGUAUCCAAAAUGCCCACAACCUGACUUGACUUUAGGGCUUUCCUCCCACUCGGACCCUGGUGGCAUCACCAUUCUCUUGGCUGACCAUAACGUCCCCGGCCUCCAAGUUCUCAAGGGAAAUGAUUGGAUCACUGUUGACCCUAUCCCUAAUGCCCUCAUAGUUAACAUUGGUGAUCAAAUUCAGGUGCUAAGCAAUGGAAUAUAUAAGAGUGUGAAGCAUAGGGUGAUGGUAAAUCCAAACAAGGAAAGAGUUUCAUUGGCUUUCUUCUACAACCCCAAAGGUGAUUUGAUAAUUGAACCAUCCAAGGAGCUUCUCACCAAAGAAAGACCAUCCCUUUUUCCACCAAUGACCUUUGAUGAAUAUAGACUUUAUAUUAGGAAGAAGGGUAUUUGUGGAACUUCAAAACAUCAACAAUAAUACCCUAAAUCAAUUUAGUUAUAAUUAAUGCUGUAAUAUUAGUUAAUAUGGUUAGUCUUUUCCCUUAAUUAUUCAAGUUAUUGUAUGUUCAAAACUUUUUUUCUUUUCUUUUUAAUUUUGUGUUGUUUUUCUUUUCUUUUUUGGUUCUAAUCUACCACUUUGUCAUUGUGGAUGUUAGAAUUAUCUAUUCCCUUUCGUCUUGAUCACAAUUAUAAUAUAUUAUCUAUUUUGUCAAUCAAACA